AUGAUUUCACAUAACCGUGCGCCUCAAGGGGGGCCCGCAUGGUCCCUUUCGCUUCUACAACGUGGAGAAGAGAAGGAAAGAUGGACGCGCACCGGCCAGUUGCUUCUGUGUGGUGGAUUCUGUGCGGGUACUUACGAAGCGUCGGCUUUCGGGGCCCUGCAGCCACACGGCUCCUCUGCGAGGCGGUGUUUUAAGCGGAGCGGGGAGGACGAAAGGAAAAAGGCAGAAAGGAACCGAACGCACCUGCCCUCCUCAAGUGCAGUCACAAACGAUGAUAAAAUCAAAUUUAAAAAUGGGCAACCGAAAGCGCAGCAAUGA